UCUCUUUCUGUGUCUUUUAUUCACACUAUGGAAAUAACUGACUGAGGACAGACAGUGUGUGUGUGGGUGGUGAUUUAGGUGGCGGUGUCAAAUGAAAAAAUAGCAGGAAGCGAGUGAAAGACACUUUAAAAAAAAAAAAGAUUUAAAAAAAAACAGUGGGAGUGUGAAUAAAUGAGUGAUCCUACAGGACAGAGUUCGCCUCGGAGCUCCUCCUUCUCCUCCUGCAGCACUGACUGAAGACCAAACACACACGGCCGGAUCACACUGUUACACUGCAGGAACACGCUGCUGAACAACUAUAUAGUGAUGUGGGCUGAAAAACUGGGCAAACAGUUGGGCCACCCAACACGAUCAGUAGCAGGGUGGCUGGUCAGUAGGUUUCUCACAGCACGCAACCGGAUCCUUGAGGAAAAUGCUGUGAAGCUGAGUGGGAUCCAGCCAGGGGAUACAGUGCUGGAGCUGGGUCACGGCCCAGGACUGGGUCUGCAGUCAGCAGCCAAACUGCUCACAGAGCCCACAGGCCACCUCAUAGGGGUGGAUUACUCAGAGUACAUGCAUCAGAUGGCAAGUGAGCAACUGAAGGAUCUUGUUGCCAGUGGGAAAGUGACCCUGCACCACUGUGACGUAGCAGCGAUGCCUCUUGCAGACAGCACUGUGGACAAAGUUUUUCACUGUAACUGCUACUACUUCUGGCCUGACCUCAGGAAGGGAGCCGCAGAGAUACGCAGAGUAAUGAAACCAGGAGGCUUGAUGGUGACCACAAUGAGGCUGAGCAAUGUGGCUGCUUUUGCAGCAAAGCGAGUGAUGCCAGGAGAGAACUGGCGCCCGGAGGCCUACAUGGCAGCUCUGAGAGACUCUGGCUUCGGUGACGUCAAUAUGGAGGACAAACAGAGCAACCACACCACUUUUCAGGCUAUUUAUGCCACUGCCUUGAAAUAAGAUUGAAAUCGAGUUAUCUGCUCCCUCUGUAGAUUUAAAAGGCUCACCAUAAGGUAACACAAAAAACACGAUGAUUCUCGGUUUCAAGAGAAUAUACGCUAAUGAGAACAAUUAUGAAUAUGUUUAUAUUAUCUUUUAACAUUUCUGCUCCUAAAUGCCCCUAUAUCCUACACACUGGAACUUUUAAUGGAAGUGAUAUAGCCUUUUGUUUUUAAUAACUGAAUAACUUGAAAAUGAUGGUAUGAAUUUCAUGAAAUCAAAUAAAAGCAAAGUUGAAAGAUGUAUUGCUGCAAAAUACAAAUACUAUUGCAAUGCAUUAAUUGAAGUGGUGAGCACUGGUUACAACAUUCCAAAUUACAGACAAUAAAUAAGCUGCUCAUAAAA